AUGUAUCUCUCAGGCAAGCUAAUAAUGCUGAGUGCUUCUGCGAAUAAGUUGUCCACAUUGAAAGAACGUGCCGAAGAGUAUGCUGAUUUAAUAAUGGAAGAAUUAGACCCAGAAAAUCUCGGUUACAUUGAGUUGUGGCAAUUGGAAACACUGCUUCUACAAAGGGACGCAUACAUGAACUACAGCAGGCCUCUGAGCCAAGCAAGUGUAGGAUGGAGUCAGAAUUUAGGCAACUUUCGGCCCAAAGAUGCUGUGCGGAGGCUAAGAUGCGCGCUGAAAUGCCUCUUACUGGAGAACUGGCAAAGGGGUUGGAUCUUGCUGCUGUGGCUGAUGGCCAUGGCCGGACUGUUUACAUGGAAGUUCUUGCAGUACAGGCGAAAGGCAGCAUUUCAAGUAAUGGGUUACUGCUUGACAACUGCCAAAGGGGCUGCAGAGACUCUGAAGCUCAACAUGGCUCUCAUUCUCUUGCCGGUGUGUCGCAAUAUCUUGACCUGGCUUAGAUCUACAAGAGCAAGGCUAUUCAUUCCCUUCGAUGACAACCUUAAUUUCCAUCAGAUAAUAGCGGGCGCCAUAGCUAUUGGAGUCGUGAUCCAUGCAGGGAACCACAUGGUUUGUGAUUUCCCCCGCCUUGUUAACUCACCCCCCGAAAAGUUUGCAGUUAUAGCUGCAGAUUUCAAUAACGUAAAACCCACCUACAAAAGCCUUUUGACCGGAGUGGUAGGGUUGUCUGGAAUCGGCAUGGUGAUUUUGAUGACAAUAGCAUUCACCCUAGCCACGCGACUCUUCCGGAAGAAUGUGGUGAAGCUGCCAUUUCCAUUUAACAGAUUGACGGGAUUCAAUGCAUUCUGGUAUUCUCAUCAUCUUCUAGCUCUGGUCUACAUAUUGUUUCUGAUACACGGAUCCUUCCUGUUCCUCGUCCACAAAUGGUACCAGAAAUCGACAUGGAUGUACAUUUCUGUUCCCCUCUUGCUCUAUGUAGCAGAAAGAAGCCUGAGAACGUGUCGGUCAGGACAUUAUGCAGUUAAAAUCCUGAAGGUUUCUGUGCUCCCCGGAGAUGUUUUCAGCUUGAUCAUUUCAAAACCCAAUGGAUUCAAAUACAAAAGCGGGCAGUAUAUAUUCUUGAAGUGCCCAACAAUCUCCCCAUUUGAAUGGCAUCCAUUUUCAAUAACUUCAGCUCCUGGGGAUGACAACCUCAGCCUUCAUAUUCGUACGGUUGGAGACUGGACGCUAGAACUAAAGCGAGUGUUUACAGACGUUAAUGCUUCAUCAACAGCCAUUGGUCGAGCCAAGUUUGGAGAACUAGGGAAUAUAGACAAAAAUGGUUUACCACGACUGCUUGUUGACGGACCAUAUGGCGCUCCAGCACAGGAUUACCAGAACUAUGAUGUGUUACUUUUGGUUGGAUUAGGAAUUGGAGCCACACCUUUUAUAAGUAUUCUCAGGGAUCUACUCAACAACACAAAAACGGAAGAUCAUGGGGAUUCAACAACAGAAACCAGCACUUCAGAUGAGAGUAUGACUAGUAUUGGCUCUUCCAGCACAACAUCAAGCGCAAAGAAGAAACCACAGAGAGCUAAAAGUGCACACUUCUAUUGGGUUACAAGGGAGCCUGGAUCCUUCGAGUGGUUUAAAGGAGUAAUGCAUGAAGUUGCAGAGAUGGAUCAUAAAGGACAGAUUGAGAUGCAUAAUUAUCUUACCAGUGUUUAUGAAGAGGGUGACGCGAGGUCAACUCUCAUCACCAUGAUCCAAGCACUUAACCAUGCCAAACAUGGGGUGGACAUCCUCUCUGGCACCAAAGUAAGGACACAUUUUGCACGACCAAAUUGGAGAGAAGUGUUCAAAAGAAUAGCCAUGAAGCAUCCAUAUUCUACAGUAGGAGUGUUCUACUGUGGGAUGCCUGUCCUGGCCAAGGAGCUGAAAAAUCUAUCACAUGAGUUAACUUACAAGACAUCGACACGGUUUGAGUUCCACAAGGAGUAUUUUUGAAGCAGAGAAAGUUCAGUCAAGCACAUGAAGAAGUUUUACCCUUUCUGUAAUUAUACAAAUUAAACAAGACGGAGUAUUAUACAAAUUACAUGGAAAAAUGUAAAUACACAGCAUACAGUUAGAGUAGUCAAAUUUUCUUAGAGUUUCCAGAAGGAAGAAGAAAAUUUUGAUGCUUCUGUGUACUUGAAUAAUGGAUGGCAUAUCUCUUGAUAUCAAUUGCUAUCUGACAAGCCAUAUUUCAGAGAUAA